AUGACAGUCCGUUUCGCAUGGGCCUCAACAUGCUGUCAGGCCGCAUUCAACCUUUCGUUGGCAGGCAUAAGAAUUCUCAGCGCCCUACAGAACCCUUCGAAAGACGGCCGAUGCCGAGAGAGAUGUGUAGACCGGCUCAAAGUGUGCCUACUCAUACCUUUUGUUGUGUCGCAUUGCCCUUCUUCGGAGGAUGGCCUUGUACCGCCCUACUUCCUUCUGACUCCGGUGGUCAUUAACUCGCCGGCACGCGUCAUUUGA